AUGGUGGCUUCCAUCUAUUCGACCCUUCUCGCCGCCGCGUGCGCUGCCUCGACUGUCGUGUCUCUGAGCGCGCCGACGGACUGCCCCAUCACGGUGUGCCCGAUGUACUACCAGCCCGUGUGCGGCUCGGACCGCGUGACGUACUCCAACAAGUGCGAGCUCGAGGUUGCGGCGUGCAAGACCCCGGGUCUCAUUAUGGCCAACGCGACGGUGUGCGGAUGGGAGGCGGCCGAGUGCCCGCGCUACUGCCUCGAGAUCUACCGCCCCGUGUGCGGCUCGGACGGCAAGACGUACUCGAACGAGUGCGAGCUCAACAUUGCCGCGUGCAAGAACCCGUCGCUGACGCGCGUGCGCGACGGCCCGUGCAAGCUCCCGACGCCGACGCCCAAGCCAGCGUGUCCGGACGCUUGCCACAAGAUGUACGAGCCCGUGUGCGGCUCCAACUGGGUCACGUACGCCAACAAGUGCCUCCUCGAAGCCGCCCAGUGCCGCAACCCGAGCAUUCUGCUCGCAGCGACCGGCGACUGCAAGUGCAACUACGCGUGCAUGCGCAGUUACGACCCGAUCUGCGCGUCCGACAAGCGCACGUACAGCAACUGGUGUGAGUUCAGCAAGGCCGUGUGCAAGCAGCCCGAGCUCACGUUCCGCAGCAUCGGCGUCUGCAAGAAGUAG